GCGCCCUCAGCGCGGAACGGCGCCCAGCGCUCCGCUGACAGCGCGCAGCGGCCCCGGCCCCUCCGCGGCGCGCGGGGAAACGGCGGUUUGUGGCCUGGCAUCGAGUGCAGUUUGUGCACGGGUUGCUGCUGCAAAGGGCGGGUUUGGAGGCUGGAUUAGGUUUUAAUAGAGUGUUGUUGAAUAUACUGAUGUGCAACUUGCUGUCUUGUUGGACCAUGGUGGAGCUUACGUGAUCACUUCUUGCUUGAGGUCUUCUCAGAUACGAUCUUGUGAGGUUAUCUUGUUGAGCAGAACUGCUACUUGAAGCCUGUUAGCAGAAGAGCAUCAAAUCACCUCGUGACACCACUUCACAGAGGACUACUUGGAUACUGUAGAUGUUCCUCUCACCAGCACAUCAUGGUAGAUGUAACAGAGGUGGAGAUGGAUAACUGCACCUUUAAAAGUGACACUGUACUUUCUGAUGUUCACUUACACUGUCCAAACAAAAGGCAUCUCAUGGUACGACUGAAUGCAGUUGGACAACCAGUAUUCCUGUCAUACUUCAAACUCCUUUGGAACACAGACAAUUCAGCAUCUGAGAAACACGUGAGAGAAGCUAAAACAGAAAGAGAACACCAGUACAGAAGUGAAGAUGAACUGUGUGACAAGGACAGGAAUAAUCUGAAAAAAGAAGGAGAAUUAAAUAGUGAAGGAGUAGAAGCUCUGCUAGAUGAUGAUGGAGACUUGGAAGUGGUCAGAAGGCCUCGAAGUGCCUCUGAUUUAGAAGCGGAUGAUCUUUUGAGGAACAAAGUGUAUCCUGUAAUUCUAAUGAAAGGGAAAGAAGAUGCUUUUGAAGAUGAAGAGCAAGAACACGCUUGCAGUAAUGUUGUUAAAAUAGAACAUACUAUGGCAACCCCCCUAGAAGAUGUUGGUAAACAAGUCUGGCGUGCAGCCUUUCUUCUUGCUGAUUACAUUCUGUUUAAACGAGACACAUUCAGGUGUUGCUCGGUGCUAGAGCUUGGAGGUGGCACUGGAAUCACAAGCAUUAUCAUGGGAACAGUUGCCAAGAGAGUUUAUUGCACAGAUGUUGGUGAAGAUCUUCUGGCCAUGUGUGAACAAAAUGUGGCUUUAAAUAAACACCUGAUAGAGCCAGGAGGAGGGGAAGUUAAAGUAAAGGAACUGGACUGGCUGAAGGAUGAAUUCUGCACUGAGCCUGAAGCUCCUUACAGCUGGUCUGAGGAAGAGAUUGCUGAUUUGCACAACCACUGUACUGUGAUAAUGGCAGCUGAUGUGUUCUAUGAUGAUGACCUGACAGAUGCCUUGUUCAGAACAUUGUACAGAAUCACACACAACUUAAGAAAUUCUUGCACAGUUUACCUAGCGUUAGAAAAGAGGCUGAACUUCACUUUAAGACAUAUGGAUAUUACAUGUGAAGCCUACAGUCAUUUCAGAAAUACUCUAAAUGAUUUGGAGAACCUCCAAGGUAGAAAAAUGAAAUAUACUGUGGAGCCCAUUAAGCUUGAUUUCUGCCAGUUUCUUGUUUAUGAACGAAUUGAGCAGUUGGAACUGUGGAAGGUCAUUGCUGAACGCCUAACAUGACAGGAACAUGAGAAAAUAGAAGAUCUUUAGCUAGAUAAAGGGUAAAAGCUUUUUUGAAGAUUCCUUAAAGAAGGAUUUUCAUCUGAAGAAAAGCAUUUUCCUGGUAGAACUGUUCUCAGAAAGUAUUAGUCUGCAGAUUUGCUUGACUUCAGUAAGUUUGGGGUUUGGCACUUAGGACAUGGUUUCUUUGAUGUUGCUGUUACGAAGCUGUUUAAUAUUUAUCUUCAGAGCACACGGUGACAGUGAUACAGUGACUUGCUCUUUGGGAUGAUGACUUAGGUUUUAGAGCCUGACAGAGAGGUGUUUAACCUUUUCCAUGUGGCUGAUUUGCAGAUGUCAUGCAUUUUCCUUUUUAGUUUUCUGAAUAUGGACACUGUUCUUGGUCUCAUCCCAGUUCCACAUUAUUUGUGUUUAUGGACGUUUAUGUAACAGUGUUCUAGGGUGAGACUUGUUUGUCCUUCUUAGGUUUUGUUUUAAACAAGCUGUUUAUUACACCUAGGCCAUAAUUUUCAGUUUUUCCUGUCUAAAUAAUUCUAAUUUGUGGCUGCUGUCUGAACUGAAAGGAAACAAGAUGCAUUUUGUUUGAGCCUUUUAAAUACUCCAUAGAGGUCUUGGAGCUAUAUUGUCUUGCUGGAAUUUUAAGCUGUUCUGUCCUUUCUCUUGAGGGUGAGCAGACACCACGUGAAGUGAUGUGGUAUGCUAUUGCUUUUUAAAUGUUUGAAAUUCUACCCUCAACAUAUGAGGCUGGGGAGGAAGCGACCGAGAAUGUCUUACCCCUACAAGUGGGAGGCAAGUUCAGUUUCUUAGCUUUUGGAUUAAAAUGCAACAUAUUAGUGAAAUCUCUCCAAUGUUAUUCAUGGAAUUAAAAGUCCACUUGUACUUUUAAGAAGUUUUAUGUGUUGUAUUAUGUUUGUACCACUUGCUCAUUGGACACUGGAAACUCUUGUGCCUCCUGGAUUCUUGAUGAAGCAGUUCCAGAGUGUGCAUAUAUUAUAUUAGAAGCAUUGGGUUGAAA